AUAACCGAAAUGUCUAUCGCAAUCAAGGACGAUGACGAAUUCAAGACAAUUUUUGCCGAGAAGAAAACCCAGCCAGUGAUUCUAUUUUUCACGGCUUCAUGGUGCGGUCCGUGCCAAAUGAUCAAGCCACGUGUGGAGGAGCUGGCCGCCGAGCACAAGGAUCGCCUAUCGAUCCUUAAAAUUGAUGUGGACGAGUGUGACGGUGUCGGUGAAGAAUAUGAGAUCAACUCGAUGCCCACCUUCCUUCUGAUUGUCGACGGAAUCAAGAAGGAUCAGUUCAGUGGAGCGAACAAUACAAAGUUCGAGGAAAUGGUCAAGGCAGCUCUUCAAUGAUUUUCACACUUUUAAACAUCUUACAUUAUAUUUUCUCUGAAGAUUAAGAGUUCUGAACGAAUAAACAGUAUUAUUUG